AUGCUGACGAAAGUUGAAUGCUGCAUCAUGGACGACGAAACAUAUGUGAAGGCCGACUUCAAACAGAUCCCCGGCAACCAGUUUUUCACGGCCAAGGAUAAGUUCAGCGUUCCGGAGCAUGUCCGCACUCAGAAGAUGUCCAAAUUCGCGAAGAAAUUCCUGGUUUGGCAAGCCAUCUGCACGUGCGGGAAGCGAAGUGCACCUUUCGUGACCCAGGACACGAUGAACGGACAGGUGUACAUGAAAGAGUGCCUCCAGAAGCGGCUGCUUCCUCUCCUGAAGGCCCACAACGUCCCAACAAUCUUCAGGCCGGAUUUGGCCUCAUGUCACUACUCCAAGGACGUGCUGAAGUGGUAUGCGAACAAUAAGGUCAAUUUCGUGCCGAAAAUGUUCAACCCUCCCAACACUCCGGAGCUCCGCCCCAUCGAGAAGUACUGGGCGAUUAUGAAGCAGCACCUUCUUAAACGACCUAAGGUAGUGAAGACAGUCGAGGAACUGAAGAAAGUAUGGGUUUACAUGCAAAAAACGGUUGAUUCACAGGUUGUGCAGAAUCUUAUGGCCGGGGUUAAGGCCAAGGUGCGGGCAUUUGCGUAUGGAGUAAAAUGGUAA